AUGGGUGUACCAAUGGAGCUAGAUGCUUCGCCCUCUAGAGGGACAAAGCGCAAAGCCGAUGGUAUCUUGGAGGCAUCAAAACGUGGCCAGGAACCUGCAGGCGGCCAAGUACUGGAAAGCACCUGGAACACCGAGGAGGAACCCUCCACUUUCCGAAAAUUCAAGCCGAAGUCCUCGAGCCUUCCCUUUGGCCAGCCGAUUGCCUUUUCCUCCAUCAGCGGGCCAACAUAUGUCACAGCCCAAACUCUAGUUCAACAGGUAGCCUAUGCUCUAUCCGACAAGAUCUUCUCAUACUCUCCGGAGUCAUUCGACCUGGAUGUUGCUGUAAAGAGCUGGGCUGCGUCCAAGAUUGAAAAUGCCAAUGGAUACACUACGGAGGUCGCAUCAAUGCAAACACGUUCUGGAGCCGGUUCGAUUGCAUUGGGAUACAUGUUCUCAAAGGAUUUCGACCUUGCCAAGAGACACAUUCCUCAAUCGCUUCUUGCCUCUUCCUCUAGCCUCCACAACCUGCGAUCUGCCUUGGACCAACUUUCACUACUUUACUCUGUUGCAAACCCUUUUGUUGCCCAUGUCGCCGCCGUCGACUAUGCUUCAGAGGGCCUUGUGACUGACUACGCUAGUGCUUUGACCGUAGCAGAGGAGUUGGGACUUGGGCUUCUUGCUAGUUCUUCUGCUUAUGAAGCUCAGCACAUGUCUUUGUUCUCUACGAUUCUUGCUACUGUGCUCCCGACAAUUCAUGUGUACGAUGGCAUACAUGUGGGGCGUGAUACUCUACCUGUCAUCGACAUUCUAAGCCAAGGGGGGCUAAGCACUACCUAUACAAAUGUUCUCAAGAGUCUGGCAAAGGUUGGCAAGCGGGCGGAUGCUGAGAGCAAAGUUGCCCAUCUCCUGGAAGCGUUUAACAGCGAACUCGGAACUGCAUACGGGCUUUUCGAAUAUCACGGCCACGCCAAUGCUGAGACUGUUCUCGUCGUGUUUGGAAGUGUUGAAGGUUCGCUCGCAAAGCAAGUUGCUGAAAAGCUGUCUCUUGAUGGUAGCAAAGUUGGUGUCGUAAAUGUCCGCGUUUACAGGCCAUUUUCUGAGGAGGCUUUCUUGAAAGCACUUCCAUUUUCUGUUACAAAUAUCGCUGUACUUGGUCAAGUCUCGGACCAGACUGCGGUGUCAGAGCCAACCACUCACUCAAACCUGUAUGAGGACGUGUUGGCUGCAGCAGUAUUUUCUGAUAACUUCGCUGCACCGCCUUCUAUUGUGGACUACAAGUAUGCUCGCGCAGAGUCGUUCACGCCUUCUUCGAUUGCGUCUAUCUUCAAGGAACUGACCAGCAAAUCUACCGAAGACGUUGAGCGUAUCGAGCUACUCGACGCCAGUGUGGUUGAGCAGUACACGUUCUGGGAUCUAGAAGAUUCGAAAGCUGCCACCGCUCCAUCAGCUCUCAGCAAGUUAUUGUCUGGUGACUCGAGCAAGCACAUCUUCACAAACGCUUCCCACGAUAAUUUUGUGCAAGGCGGGACCACCAGAACCGAUAUACGAAGCUCCAAGAAGUCAAUUGAGGCUUACUACCCAAUCGAGGAAGCCGAUGUUGCAUUCGUUGGCGAGGAGAAAUUACUCAAGGAAAUUGGUAUUCUUAAGGGUAUCAAAUCCGGUGGCAAGCUCAUUGUGAAACUACCAGGCAUCAAAGAUGAAGAUGUGGAGAAAAAGCUGUCUACCGCCACCCGGAACGACAUCAAGUUCCGAAACAUUCAGUUGUUCGUGCUUGAUCCUGCGUUAUCUGCUGCCCAUGAGAAAGACGCGGCUACUGAAAUCCUUCUGAGCGAAGUGGCAUUCCUGCAGGUCGCCCGACCAGAUCUUCUCGAGGUUGGCCUUGAGAAACUUGCCACAAUUAAUGGCAGUUUAGAUUUAUUAACGGAAGUCGCGGCUGAUUUGGAGAAGGCUCUUCGACCAAUUGAGAUCCCAGAGUCAUGGGCCGAGGUUGAGGUUGAUGCUGUGGUAGUUGACCUUCCGAGAACUAUCAAGUCGAGCAGCUUCACUGGAUUCGACAAGGAGGAUACUGAAGCACCGUCCUUCUUACGCAACUGGGAAUCUGUUGCAAAGGGACUUGCAUUCAAAGAAGCUUAUGGUACCAAGAGUGCUCUGAGACCGGAUCUUCCCACGAAGACUUAUGAGAUUACUGUCCAGGAGAACCGUCGCUUGACUCCUUCGAGUUAUGAUCGUAACAUCUUCCACAUUGAAUUUGAUCUUGGACAAUCUGGCCUUACUUAUGAUAUUGGAGAAGCUCUUGGUAUUCACGCAGAGAACAAUGUCGAAGAGGUCGAGGAAUUUAUGGAAUGGUAUGGUCUAAAUCCCGAGGAUGUCGUUGAAGUACCCUCCCGCGAGGAUCCAGCUGUGCUCGAUACUCGAACUGUUUUCCAAUCCCUUGUCCAGAACAUUGACAUCUUCGGCAAGCCCCCAAAGAGAUUUUACGAAGCUCUGGCAGAAUUUGCCAGCGACGAAAAUGAAAAGAAGGAGCUUCUCACUCUUGGUGGACCAGAAGGAGCCAACGACUUCAAGCGCCGCGCCGAAGUUGAUACCAUCACGUUCGCCGACGUCCUCCUCGAUUUCAAAUCUGCCCAUCCCGACUUUCACGAUAUUGCGCGCCUCGUCAGCCCCAUGAAGCGCCGCGAGUAUUCCAUCGCCUCCAGCCAAAAAGUAGGCCCGACUUCUGUCGCUCUCAUGAUCGUCGUCGUCUCCUGGGUCGACCCCAAAGGCCGCGACCGCUUCGGUCAAGCUACCCGCUACCUUAGCCAGCUGCCCCUCGGUGCGAAGGUCACAGCAAGCGUGAAGCCCUCCGUCAUGAAACUCCCAGUAAAAGACACAGCACCUCUCAUCAUGGCUGGUCUCGGUACAGGCCUCGCUCCAUUCCGCGCUUUUGUCCAGUACCGCGCUAUGCAAAAGGCUCAGGGCAAGGAGAUCGGCUCUAUCCUCUUGUAUAUGGGCUCUCGUCAUCAGCGCGAGGAGUAUCUGUACGGAGAGGAAUGGGAGGCUUACCAAGACGCUGGUGUCAUCACUCUCCUUGGCCGCGCUUUCUCCCGUGACCAGCCGGAGAAAAUCUACAUCCAAGACCGCAUGCGCCAGUCGAUCAGCGAUAUCAUUAAAGCUUAUAUUAAGGAAGAAGGUGCGUUUUAUCUGUGUGGUCCUACGUGGCCGGUGCCGGAUGUUACCGAAGUGCUGGAGGAGGCUAUUGGGCGGGAUGCGAAGGCGGCAGGGAAGAAGGUUGAUCCCAGGAAGGAGAUUGAGAGGUUGAAAGAGGAGUUGAGGUAUGUGCUUGAGGUUUACUAG